AUGCCCAUGAAACUACUUGCUUCAUAUCUAAGUGUUCUGUUGUACAUCGCUUGUAUUGCAGGAAACCAUGCAAAUCCCAGACUUCGAAUUUUUAAAGGCAUCAAAAAUCAUCGAAGUGAAAUCUCGAUUGCAACACCUUCCAUUUUGCAAGAGGUGGAAUCCCAGACUGCUUUAAAACUAUUUAGAGUAUCCAAGGACCGGCAGAUGAAGUUGUUGAUUGCUCCCACGGGAAGCAGCUUUGGGGAGCUUUGCAAGGUGAAGUAUGAACCUUUAUGGAUAAAUGGAGGUGGGCAUUGCAAUCUGGAACGUUAUCCCGAGUUCAUUAAACAUCUGAAGAAGUUUGUUCUGUCUCUUGGGAAAUCAAAGCCACCUAUGGAUGAUUCUAAAACAGCAUCAUUAGACUCUGACAAUCUGAAUAAAUCAACAGCAAGCAAUACCUCAGACACAUUGCAAUCAGAUCUACCAGAUUUAUCUAGGAACAGUUUGGAUAGUCGAAUUGACAAUUCCAAGAAGUUGAGCAAGCCUGAAAAGUCUCGAUGA